GUAACUACUACCAGCAUCGAUGUGAUCACAUGGUCAGAUCAUGCUGACAAAUCCCUGACAUUACGCAUUCUAAAUCUGACCUGGCCCUGGACUUGGAAAUUGAACCCCUUAUUAUUGCACAACACUGCACUAACCAAGACUAUAUCCACAGAUAUCACAGACUAUUUUGAGUUAAAAACUGACCCCGAAGCGAUAUCCCCAAUCACCCUAUGGACAGCACACAAGGCUGUAAUCCGAGGGAAAUUAAUUAGCUUGGCAACACAAUCUAAUAAUAUCAUUUUAUCCUAUCCCCUAUCAGACAAGACAGACUCCUUUUUAG